AGUGCAUACAUGCAAAUUCAGCAGUGGUAAGAGCUCCAACAGUCUGUAAGUGAUGGAUAUGCACACAACUUACACACAAAAACGCCGUAAGUGAUCUGCCAGCAUGUCCGUCCGCUAAGAAUGAGUGACCGGAUGGUGUGGGUGUUGGGUGAGUAGGUCAGCCAGACAAUUCAAGCAACGCCACAAAUAAGAGAAAAGGACCAAACACCUAUGCACUCAUACACACACUCAUACACCAGUGGACCGAUAUCUGCCUGUCUGCCCAUGUCUCCACGACUCACUGUCUCUGUCUACAGUUCACGUCUGUCCCAUCCCUCCAUCUGAACCGUCCCGCCCUCCCUCCCUCCCCCCCCGUCCCUACCUACCUAUAUCAGAUCUCGCCUGUCCUGCCCCACGCGCAUCUCAUACUCGCUGCCUUCGUUGCUGCCGUCGUGCUCGUCAAUGCCGCAGCACGUGUUGACCGCAGACAAUAUCGCCUUGUUCGUCUGCCGCACUCGCGGAGGCGUCUGGUCGCCUGGUAUUGGGGCAGGCUGAGCGGGGGGCAGCCGGGCGACUGACGCGGCCUGCUGCUGUGUCUGUGUCGGUGUCUGUGUGAGGGGGUAAGGAAUGGUGGCGGAGGGUUGUGGCUGUGAGGGCUCCGGGGAUGGCUCGGGGAUCGUGUCUGUGGAGUUGCUAGACUCGCCGAGAGAGGGGACCGAACCGUUGAUGCUGCUCUGGUCAGUCGGCAGGCCGGUGGGCUCCGACCGCACCGAUGGCACGUCGGUCGUGUCGUCAUCGUCUCUGCAUCAAUGGAGAGACACACACAAUAUGGGGGCCUGCGACCUAUGUCGCUGUGGUUCGUCGUGUCAGUCUGUCUGUCGGUGCCGGUGCGCACUUGUCGUCGUCUUCGUCGACCCAUCCUGCCAGACGGUCCUCAGGAAUCGGCCACAGGGGGGACCGCCCGCGGAUACUGCACACAUGACACGGGUGCAUAGGUGUGCAGUGCGUGUGUAUCUGUGUGCCAUGGCGGACCCUUUGAGUUUGAGCACUCCCCUCUGUCUGUGUGGCACAUAGGACUUGGACGGCGGAUAGCCGCCGGCCAGACCACGCUUGCCUGCAUCCAUGCGCCCAGUGAGACGGAAUCAUUGUUGUGUCGUCUGUGUUGUUGUGUGAGUGAGUGUGGCCGCACCUCUCUGUCUGGCCACCCUCCUCGCAGAGUUGGCAAAUGCAGGCGCAUGGGCGCCGUGGAUACCAAGACCUGCAUGCGCCACACACACAGACCCAGACGACGUCCCAUUCGUUGUCAUCCAUCCACAGACGCGGCCGUACCUCUGCUGCCAUACUGCACAGUAGGGGGCACAUUGAAGGUCUGUGCGCUGCCGUUGGCCCGCUGCAAUGUGUCGCCCGUCUCGAGGCCGUUUGCUGGCGAUGGGGGCGGGUUGGACUGGUGCUGCUCCCUCUUCCGACACAGACACGGACACACGUGGUCCAGACCUGCACACGUCCACAGGUGAAUGGCCAUGUGAGUGUUGUCAGUUCGUUGGCGGUGUCUGUGUGUGUACCUUCUCCCAUUUUGAUAAACCAGCAGGACGAGAGGCAUCGUUUCCUGACCUCCCGCAUGCGGAUGGGCCGACCGCUGCCGCUCUUCAUCGAGUGCAGCAGCCAGAUUAGAGACACCACCACCUGCACCGCACCGCAACCCACACACGCAUCAAUGUGUCACACACUCGUACACACAGGGUCCGUGUGUGCAUGACAUGGCAUGACGGUACGGACCAGGCAGGGAAUGAGGACGCCCAGGGUGAUGAAGAGAGCCCGUUUCAGCUUCGAUCGAUCAUCACCUUGGUCGCCAGACACCGCACCUGAACGCGUCGACACACGAGCACCAUGUAUGUGUACGCGCGUGUCAACGCAACAGUGCCACCUACCUUCUUGCUGCUUGUCUUUUCUUGGCUCCAGGAAUCCUCCUUCUCCCGGGGGAACAGGAGGGAGCAGUGUGUCCAGAUCAGUCGUGUUGGUGCCUGCCAUGGUCGACAUGCACACAUUUCACACACAUGUUGUUGCGCGUGAACGGGUCCGUUACCUAGUACGCUGGCCUCGUCUUCGCCAGAGUCGUCGCGUGGGCUGGUGGUGGCGUUAAUUGGGUUCCAUUUGCCUGACACACGUGCACACAUGUGUGGACACGUGUGGAAAUGCGGGAACAUGCCCCCUUUCUCUGCUCACCAAAUACGAAUUGUGGGCCUUCGCCCGGCUUUGGGCAGGGAAUAGGGCCUGCCACACGCACAGUAAAGAUGCAUACGUAUUCACAUGCUCGCGCUCGCGUGUGUGUGUGUGUGUGUGUGUGUGUGUGUACAUGUGUGCGAAGCCAUACCCGUAGUGACGUUAUGUGGCAUUGGGGACCUGACGGUGUACUCCAUCUUGAGCCAACACAAACCGCCGCGGACAUCAGACCUGACGACACCCACCCACACACGCACACACAACAAACAGUCACGUAUGGGAUGUGCUGUGCAGCUGGCCGUGGAUGUGUGGGCAUGUCUGCCCACCACAGGAAUUGUGAGCAUCCCUGCGUCAGUCGACAGAGGUCGAAACACAAGGGCGCACUCUUGUGCGCGUUCGGGGGGUCUGUGAACGGACACAAGAAUCGAGCCGACAUAUGUGUACACACAGUUGUUGCGUCCGUACCAGCGAUCCACCAUCCAGGCGGCCCGAUCACAGGCCCGAUAUAGUCAUGGUACUGCUCGAAACACACUGCAUGACACAGAGACAUGGGGACAUGUAUACACCCGUGAGUCUCAUGUGUCGCCUUACGUGCCACACACUGCUUCUCGUGACAGAAGCUGAAGACGGUGGUGUUGUCGCCAUCGUCGCAUAGGGCGCCCUCUGUCUCCUCCUGUAUACAGAGCCACAUGUAUACAUGUACAUGUGCAUAUGUACACCCGUGUGUAGACGCUUGCGUACAUAUUAGUGUAUUAGUGUACAUGUAAAUGUAUACGUACGGUGCAUUCGGUAGCCAUCCCUCCGUACGUGUCGGUGACAAUCAACGGAGAGUGGUUAAUGAGGCCGCUGCUGCUGCUGGUGCCCGGCAAUUCACUCGUGCACUCGCGAGGGCCCGACACAUACCUACGUGUGACGUGAGUACGCGAUAGGUGAUCGAUCACGGCAAGGGCCUACCUGAGGUCUCUCUGUUGUCCUUCAGGCAGGUCAGCGGCCCAUGUGACUCGCCUGCCCUUGUCGCUCUUCUUGAGCCGGCAGUCACCAGGCACAAAUACGUACGACGAAGCUGACGGGUUGCCGGCCUGCACACAGCAUGUGUCCACCAUGCCAUGGGUGAAUCCGUACAGACAUCCGUCCACCCCACAUGAGUGUACCCCUGCUGCCGGGUCUUGCUGGCCCUCCACAUACGUAAAGUACUGGCAGUCACCUCCAUUCUCGCGGUUGAUCUGAACAGGGGAAAGCAUACACGACAAUGUCUUUAAAGACACUGUCAGCCACAAACACCCACACACACGCCGUGUGUGCGUCUGAACCUACACGCACCUGACACAUGGCCUGGCACUGGGCAGCGCUGCUCGCAUUCGAAAGGCGACCACCUUCCUGCAAGCAGCCAUGGUCAGUCACACAUGCACACAGUGACACAGCCGCCAUCACACGCACAGGGCGCUCAUACUAUCAUUUCAGCCCACCUGAAGCACAUCAAAGCCGGCAUAGUCCACCCCCUCCUCGUAACAGCCCCCUUGAGCCAGACACAAGCAUGGCAACAGCAACACAGAUACCACGGUCGCUCUCAGCAAUACCGCCCCCGUCCGUUGCCGCUCCAUCUGUGUCCGGGGGAAAUCGCAGUCAUGAACCACUCUAUAUACUCCCAG